AUGACUACCCUUCUUGGCAGCGGUGCAAGCUGCUCUGUUCAUCUCGCGGAACCCAGUCUCUUUCUUCCAGGAUUUGACUGCUCAUACCAUGAUCACCCUGAGAGUCAGGAUGGCAUCACCUUGUUACGAGGAACACUUCGUCUGAUCUUGAUCAAAGAGAUUAAGAUUAAAUCAAUACACAUCAAGCUCGUCGGGCACACAUGUAUCAAAUGGGAGGGCCAAGCUGGACCGGAUUUUUGCGAGGAGAAGGACGUACAAAAGCAAACUUCAACAAUUUUCGACGCUAUAAAACAUCGGGACAAAGACGAUUUUGGACUUCAGUGUAGAUACUGGGUCCUAGAUCCACCGCAUACUGAUGUUAUAAGAUCUGCUGCUACAAGACAAACAGCAAUCUUGACAUCAUCAGAGCCGAUUUAUCAUCACUAUAUAGACAACAAAUUACCCUUGGCUGUUAACUACUCCGAGAUACAACGCCCUAGUGCGGAUAACACGAUAUCUUUCACGAAUGAAACAAAACAUGACAAGAUUUUCUAUCCGGGAAUCUACGAAUAUGACUUCGUUUUUCCAAUUACACAUCACCAACUGGAGACAACCCAGGUUCCUCAUGCGACAGUAAAUUGGACGCUGUUUACGAAAAUAGCUCGCUCUGGGUUAUUCCAUCACACUCUUCGCGGCCAGAAGGAGGUCACAUUCGUCAGGACACCUGAUCCAUUAUCUCUUGAAAUGAUACAACCCAUCCCUUUGCGUUGCCACGGCGACAACUGGUUGCAGUACGAUAUAGUUGUUUCUGGAAGGAGCUUCCCUAUCGGAAGCCCGAUUCAGAUUGCUAUGAAAGUGAGACCAACGGAAGGGAACAUGGUGCAAGGCUUCGAGCUGUUGAUAAACGAGUCGAUAGAAUACUGGUUCAACAAUAAGAAGGUCAACAGAAAAGGUCCUACUCGUUCUAUUCUCCUUGUCAAAACAACGGCUGAAAGAGUUAUUAUACCAACGUGGACGAUCGCAGGUCAGGUAUCUGUCCAUAACAGUGAAUCCGAACACGAACUAAUACACCAGAACCAAGACUCGGCCCUACAACACGAAAGUAUUAAAACAUCAGGGGAAGUCGAGACAACCAGUAGCAUUACCGAGACAAGGGAAAAUGAUUUGGAGAAUAUUGAUGCGAAUUUAGCGACAUCGGUCGUACUACAUGUCACCCAGCCUGAUCUCAGCGACCCAUCUGGAAAAAGACGUAUUUAUCGGGAUACUGCCAUCAGCGUACCUAUCACCAUCCUAAAUUGUCGAUCGAAUCAGGCCAAUAUGACCCUCCCCACCUACUCCCACGAUGCACUUCAUCCUGUCAGCUGCCCCACAAUGUGUGGGUGUCCGGAUGCUCUCCCCUUGACUAACGAAAAGCCACCUCGCCGUUUUGUCAGGGUGAUGGUUGCGCGCCACCUUUUUAAUGACAGGUCUAAAACACCUCUUACAUUGAAAAUCGGUAACAACACUGCAACGCCACUUACCCCUGCCCUUAUCAAUGAUGAAGAACCCCCUCGUUACAACGACGUAGUGGAUGUCUGA